UGCGCGGGCCUCCUGGUCGCUGGGAGCGCGGGCCCUGGCGGCCGGCGCGGCCGUCAGGUGGGUCCCCCGGCUCGCGCCCCGCGCGGCCUCUUUUCCUCUCCGGCCUGCUCUCCAUCUUUUCUCCAGCAGCUCGCCUUGGUUGCUGUCCAGCUGCUGGGGCCGGAGCGGCCGCGGCCAGGUUACCUCAGCAAACGUGAGGAGGCAGCGGGUCAGAAUAAACCUGCGCACCCCGUAAUUCGCCUCUGGGGCACAAGGGCAGAUUCGGAUCUUUCGCUUCCUGCAUCCGCAUUUAUUGAGCACCUAGUAUGUGAGAGACGAGGCUGUGAGGAGAGGAACGCAGCAGGCUGGGACAAAGCCAAAGCCUGUACUUCAGGACCUUCUGCCCCCGUGGCCCUCGCGACCCUGCUCCGAGAUUCCGGCCCCGCUCUCAGUGCGGGAGACGCUUCCCGCCCAGAGGAGGCUUCGGUGCCCAGAGGGGAAGGACAGGUUUUCUUGCCAUUGGGAGCUCCUAGCAAGUGCUUGCUCCCCAAACACAGUUUAUUUAAAAAGCUUUUGAAAAUGUUGGACGGUUUAGCUUGGUUGAGGUCGUCUUUGCCCAAAUCCUCUUGUCCCUGCCCCUUCCAAAAACAAAAACACACAAAAUGAAUUUUGAAUAGGUUUUUGAUGAGAGAGGAGAUUUUCUUCUUUUUUUUUUUUCAUCUUUUAAAACAGUUUUACACAUUUCUCCUCAGAAAAAGACCCAAAAAACCCAAGCCAGUUACUCAGUGUACAGCUAAUCAAAUACUGAGGAAACGAGUAGACAUUUGCCAAAGACUGGGCAUGUUAUGGGUGGUCUCAGAUUUUGAAGAAACUAAUUCUUACUGCGCAAAAUAGUUUUACAAUCAGUUCCAUCAGACAGCGCCAGGGGCUCUCCUAAGGAAAAGGGCCAAUAAGCAAGGUUGCACGGGGAUAAGAAAGGCAAGCGGCCAGUGGAAAACGUUUUUUCUAACAGUUGGGCAUUUCUGUGGCUAUGAAAGCGAACUUGUUUGUUUCAUUUCAGCGAUAGAAAAAACACUCCUGUUUUGGAAAUGUUACCCAGCAUAAAAAUACAUUUGCAAUGGAGGGGGAAAAAGGCAGUUUAGGGCCACCCAGAAGUAAAUAUUUUUCCCCAGAAUUUUUUUUUUUUAUUGGGUCUUUCCCAGUAUGGGUUUGCCUCAUUUUACAAAUAGCUGUCUGUGUCAAGUUGUAUGUAAUUUAAAUAUUUAAAUUUGAAUCACAUUGUACAUAUUCUAGAAAACGGACAAAGGAAACCCAGAGAGAAUUGUUUUAUAAAGUAAAUAACUGCUUCCCUACUACCCCUCCCCAUUCUUCUUGUGUGUGUGUGUGUGUGUGUGUGUUUGUUUUGAGGGGCAUGUUAGUGGAUAAAUCUAGUUUGGCUUAAAAUCCAGGUGUCAAUAAAAACCAGCCCUUCAAAUCCAAAACAGAGAACUUAGGUACCCAGCAUUCUAUAGAAUUUAUUUUUUCAAGAAGUUGCUAGGACAAUUAUGCAAAUCUACCAGAUGCAGGAAAAAAAUUCAGCAACCUCACCCCGGUUCUGCUGUCCCUACAAGACUGCAUUUGAAAGACUGAAGAGGUUUUGUAAACUCCUUUGAGGAAUGCAGGAGUACAUGAAGAGAAGGAGAUGGUGGGUUGUUGGGAAAAAAUGAGACCAUAACUGUGAAUGUCCUUUGGAAGGAAAUGAAGUAGAGAAAUGCAAGAGGAGAGGUGAGUUGAUUCAAGGCCUGUGAACUGAGCACAGAGGAUGCUGCACAAGUGAAAAGGACCACUGGGCCAUCACUGUCACCUCGAUUGGUACAAGGGCAAAUCGCCCUCGGAAAAAAGGGCAGAUGAGUGAGGACCAACAAGUCAGAGAAGGCUUCCUGGAGGAGGUGCACUGAAGCUGGGCUUUGCUGGAGACGACUUGGAGAGCUGGGGUGGAGGCGUCCUUGCUGAGCCAUGUGAUAGCUCCUCCCACCAGGCGUGGGUGGAAAACGGGAUGCAGGGAAGACCCCAUCUCUCCUUCCCCUCCCUCCAGUGGGUAGAGAACAAGUAGAAAAGAAUGAGACAGUUCCCCCAGGCUUCUGGGGCUCCCCAUCACCCCCAGUCUGGGGCAAAAGGGAGCAAGAAAGAAAGGUCAGCGUGGACCAUGGUGAUGAGAGAGGAUGCCGUGGAGUGGGAGAUCUGCCACGGGACAGACACUGCGCUGGCAGGACGAGAAGAGGAACGGCAGCAGUAGCUCCAGUGUUGGGGGGGGGUGGACCAUGAAGAAAGCAGAGGCCCUGAGCCCAGCCGCAAGAGUGACAUAUGAGGAGGUACGGAUUGGAAACAUGGGGUGUUGUCUCCUGCUGGGGCGGAGGGGAGACCGACCUGAGACCAGAAGGAUGAGGACAUCUAUUGCCAUUCUGCAGUGCCAGGAAGUGGUGCACAGUGAUGAUGUCCUGCCACCCUGGGGACUUGACCACACUGGACAGAAGGCAUCAGUCAUCGCCAAGGACUUCUGUCAUUCCCUGUUGGAAGGAACAAGGAUGAGGAAUGUUGGCUGGCGCUGGCCGCCGCAGCCACAUGCUAGCAGACAGACAAUCCCAGAACAGCUGCAAUGUUCAGGCACUCAAGCUCUUUGAGAUGCUGGCCUUGGGACUUACGGCAGGUACUUGAGCAGGAGAGUCCCCAGAAAGGACAAGGUCUGGCUGCACGAGUUGAGGGAAGCUGAUAGGGCCACGUGAGAAAAGCAGAGGGACCUUGGAACCACUUGCAGAGGGUCUCCCGUUUUCAUGGUCUCCACAGCGAUUUCCAUCUGCACCUGGCUCCUGGGAGGAUGAUGAACUCUAAACGCAGCAUAUCAGGAGUUGGAGUUGGAGAAAAGAGAUGAUUUCCUGGAGGAGUCCAAAUCCGUGAAGAUUUAUGGAACACCUGCCUCAGGUGAAGUGCAUCAGGCAGCCGGGCAGCCCCUCGCUAUGACCUUGAGGAAGAAAGCCUCCCUGCUUGUUUGUGCAGAGUUCUGUAUCCAGCAGGCACAUAUUUCCUGCUUAUGGCUCCCCUGCCUCUCUCAAAAGGUGACAACUCUGGGGAACCUGUGCGUUAGAUUGAUGCUGUUGCUACCUCCCAGGGCUCUGCCCCCCCCCAUCUGCAGCGGGUGGUCACAAGGAUGUGCCCCAGAUAACUCCGACUCUGCCAGCCCAGCCCCUUCCUGGACCCUUUACCAUAAGGGAGGCAUAGAGCCUGCUGGGAGCAAGUUGGUGAUGCCCCUGGUUCCUGACCUGGAUCUUCCUACAAUCCACCAGCAGUUUUUCAGAACGUGGCCUUGUAAUGGAGAAGGCACAGCAGUGAGAGCCCACAAGGGAGGACAGGCCCUGGCAGAACCGCUUCUCAUGACCUCACCUCCUUGCACCUGUCUCCAGACCAGAACCGCAGAGGGCGGGCCUAAGAGCCAGCUCAGGCUGGUAGAAAUGCUGUGUUGGGCUCACACGGAGACUUUUUAAAAAUUGAAGCUACAUUUAAAAAUGGAGAGAUACCAUAUACUUCUGGUUUGGCCUGCCUACACUGUCACAGGCCACAUGUUUCUGGAGCUGAGAAGUCACAGAGUUUAGACAGAGUGUGUGCUAUACAGUUUCCCACAACCCCACCCUCUCUGCUCAUCUGUCCUGGCCAGCAGCAUUGCCUGCUUGCUGCCUCCACGGCUCCUGGAGGCGUCUGACGUAGAGACCCCUGGCUUACCUGACCUCGGAUGUCCUUUCUACUUCUUCCAAAUCUAUGAGUCCACGGCCUUUCCCCACUUCAAGAGUUAAUCAUCAGCUUCUUUUUAUGUAAAUCAGAACAGGGAAGUCUUGCUUGGCCAAUUCCUCUGAAAAUAUUGGUCGGACGCUGUUCUUCACUAUUCCUGAGACCUGUGUCUGACUGCUCAGCAUUUGCCUGUUAACAGGAAGCCCUUUCCAGCCCCUGACCAAAGCUUUCUGAGGCCAGCAGCAACCGUGGAUGUCCAGGGAGUUCAGCCGGAGCAGCUGGAUGAGCAGGGAUUGGGUGUACCCACGCCAGGCCCUGAUCUGGGCUGUUGGGGUCCUCGCAGCCGCCACCAAGGGGCUCGCUGCUGAAGUACCACAAAGGAACACCAGCCUGGGAUGGGUCCGGGGGAAGCAAGUCACUGUGCUGGGAAGCUCCGUGCCUGUGAACGUGUUCCUCGGGGUCCCCUAUGCUGCGCCCCCUCUGGGACCCCUGCGAUUUACAGACCCAAAGCCUGCAUCGCCCUGGAAUGACUUUCGAGAAGCCACAUCCUAUCCUAACUUGUGCUUCCAGAACUCAGAUUGGCUGCUCGCAGAUCAACACAUGCUCAGGGUGCAUUACCCCAAGAUCGGGACGUCGGAAGACUGCCUGUACCUUAACAUCCACGCGCCGGCCCAUGCCAACGUGGGCUCCCGGCUCCCGGUCAUGGUGUGGUUCCCGGGGGGCGCCUUCGAGACCGGCUCAGCUUCCAUCUUCGAUGGGUCCGCCCUGGCUGCCUACGAGAACGUGCUGGUUGUGACCACGCAGUACCGGCUCGGAAUAUUCGGCUUCUUCACCACGUGGGAUGGACACGCUCGAGGGAACUGGGCCUUCAAGGACCAGUUGGCUGCUCUAUCCUGGGUGCAGAGGAACAUCCGGUACUUUGGUGGCGACCCCAGUUCUGUGACUAUCUUUGGCGAGUCGGCGGGAGCCAUAAGCGUCUCCAGCCUGAUCCUGUCUCCCAUGGCCAGUGGCUUAUUCCACAAAGCCAUCAUGCAGAGCGGGGUGGCUAUCAUCCCUUACCUGAAUUCCACUAAUGACCAGAAGACUAAGGAUUUGCAGGUGGUUGCACGUGUCUGUGGCUGCAAUGCAUCUGACUCCGUGGCCCUGCUGGCGUGUCUGAGAGCAAAAUCCUCCAAGGAGUUGCUGGCCCUCAGCCAGAGAACAAAGUCUUUCACUCGAGUGGUUGAUGGGCUUUUCUUUCCGGAUGAGCCGCAAGAGUUAUUAUCUCUGAAAGCAUAUAAAACAGUUCCUUCUAUCAUCGGAGUCAAUAACCACGAGUGUGGCUACCUGCUGCCCCUGAAGGAGAUGCCUGAGAUCCUUACUGGCUCCAACAAGUCUCUCGCCUUCCACCUGAUACACAGCCUCCUGCAUGUGCCCUUACAGUAUUUGCACGUUGUGGCUAAUGAAUACUUCCAGGAGAAGCACUCCUUGGUGGAAAUCCGAGACAGCCUUCUGGACUUGCUUGGAGAUGUGUUCUUUGUGGUCCCUGGGUUGGUCACAGCUCAGUAUCACAGAGAUGCUGGUGCGCCUAUCUACUUCUACGAGUUUCAGCACCGGCCCCAUUGCUUUAAAGACACGAAACCAGCUUUCGUCAAAGCUGACCACGGUGAUGAAAUCCGCUUUGUGUUUGGAGGUCCCUUCCUGAAGGGUGACAUUGUCAUGUUUGAAGGACCCACAGAGGAGGAGAAAGUGCUGAGCAGGAAGAUGAUGAAAUAUUGGGCUAACUUUGCACGGACCGGGAAUCCUAAUGGGGCCGGCCUGCCCCUGUGGCCGGCCUAUGAUUUGACCGAGAAGUACCUGAAGUUGGACUUGAACAUGAGCCAGGGAAAGAGACUGAAAGCGGACAGAGUGGAGUUUUGGACAAACUCCCUCCCUCUGAUAUUGUCAACUUCUGAAGCUCUCCUCCGUCCUCUUUCCUCCCUGCUCCUCCUAUCUCUUCUCCUGCCUUCCUUUCUCUCCUUUGCUCCCUGAGAAGUUCCCUGUGUGCAAUUUUGGCUUCUCUUCUUCUGCAAUUUCUCCUGCAAUCAUGAGCUUCCUUCUGAGUUUAGCUGCUCUCUUCGGAGAUCUUCGUAGAGUAAGCUGCUUUAGCUGAUGCUUUAUGGACUUAGGGAUGAUCUUUACAGAAUUCUUUUCAACAUCAAAAAAUGCAAUUUGUCUUCGAUUUCAUCAGUAAGUCUGGAGGAAGGCUGGCCUAUUUGUUGUCAUAAUAAUGAUCUUGUUACUCAUACGCAAUAAAAUCAGAAUGUAAAAUA